CAAUCGCACCGGAAUAUUUACUUGUACAGUCUGAUUCUCUUAUUCUAUCUCUAUUACCCAAGUUAUUAAAGCAAGAACAGGAUCCCGCAAUACUAGAUUCAAUACAUGGAAUCUGGCAUUUAUUAUAUUCUAUUCAUCCCCAUAAAGCUGCUUUGUUAUUCAUAAAUGCUAUACGAAGCGAAGAAGACAUGGGUGCAUG